AUGGCGCCUAAAAAACAAGCAACCAAGGGGCAAAAACAAAUUCUUGAAGAAAACAACAAAACUCUGGAUUUUUAUGCCAAGGUCAUGAUAAGUAUUGAGGUGACAUACAUUAUCUUCAGAUUCACUUUUUUCAAUUUCAAUUCAAGUUGGUUUUCAUGGGUCCUGUUGCUAAUUGUCACAGCACUUUAUAGUGGAUUAUACAAGUUUAUGGAAUCAAUGGCAAAGCCUACAUAUUCUGAAUCUGGAGCGCUUAUAGAUGGUGGAAUGGAUCUUAAUUCAGAAUCAGGGACUGCAGAGUAUGUGAUAGUAAAUAGAACACUAAACUCUGAUCGCACGCCGCCUAAAAAACAAGCAACCAAGGGGCAAAAACAAAUUCUUGAAGAAAACAACAAAACUCUGGAUUUUUAUGCCAAGGUCAUGAUAAGUAUUGAGGUGACAUACAUUAUCUUCAGAUUCACUUUUUUCAAUUUCAAUUCAAGUUGGUUUUCAUGGGUCCUGUUGCUAAUUGUCACAGCACUUUAUAGUGGAUUAUACAAGUUUAUGGAAUCAAUGGCAAAGCCUACAUAUUCUGAAUCUGGAGCGCUUAUAGAUGGUGGAAUGGAUCUUAAUUCAGAAUCAGGGACUGCAGAACAUGUUAAGGACCUUAUUAUUCUAACAGUGAUAACUCAAGGCCUUGCUAUAUUCACAGACUGGAUGUGGCUUCUUAUGUUUCUGGCACCCUGCAGGGCUAUAUACUUGUUAUGGGUGUAUAUUCUAGCCCCGUGGAUAUUUGCCCAACCUGACGAGACAGAAGUGGACCCAAAGAAACAGAAGAAAAUGGAAAGAAAAAUGAAAAGAGCUGGAAUGAUGUAAGCUAUGAAGAGACGUGAUGGUCAGAUAAACAGUACUUCUUCAAAAGAAACACGCCGCACUGAUUUGAAGCACGGAAUAUUUUUUUUAUUUGUGCGCUUCGUACUUUCAUCUUUGUAAACUGCUCCAAGACUGAAGUGGCUCUUUCAAUUGGGCAAGAACAUAUCACGUAACCUGCCCAGCAAUGUCCCCGGGGAACUACCCUCAGUAGACACCUCGAACGCGGCCGCGCCAUGCGCCUUGACAUUGCGGAAAAUUUUGUGGGUGUGUCGCGUCGACUGGAAUGAUGCUCAUGGAUUUCUGCAAAGCGGAAUUAUUUUGCCUUUUUUCAGUCGUGAGGUAUAAGAAAAUACCUAUUCACUGGAUCUCCAGGCAACAUUAAAUGUCAGUUACCUUCGAAGCUCGUCAUUGGUACUUAGUGAUAACGACUUAUUUGAUACGUGGGAAGAAAAAGUACUCGUGGGUAGCUUUAAAGAGUGCGAUUUGUUUUAUAGAUGCCUUGAGCGGAGUUAUUUAGUAUGUAAAUGUUUUCUGGCGUCUCACUUAGAAUAUAGUCCGUCAUUUGAUAUUUUUAAUAUUUAUGUCAGAAACACAAGGUCUAGAACUGCAAAGAACUCCUGCUCUCAACAUGUCCUUUCUAGUUAACUCGGCGUCGUUCGUUCAGGUGGGAGAAUGUUUACCCAUUUGAAAUUGUAGUGAGAAACCCACGCACACAGUUGGAAACUCCUGAUCGUGAAUUCCCGCACGCCGUUUCUUUGCAACAGGUGAAAAUCAACAGGUGAAGUAACAAUUUAAGAUCUGACCAAAGUGAAACAGGCGUUGAAAACAAGUCACCUGGCCUCUUUCGUAGGCUUCUUAAAAGUGCAUAUACCAUUAAGUCCAGACUGCACUACGUCGGAGAAAUUUGAAAACAAAACAAUCAACCGGUCAUUUUGGGUUUGUGCUUGAAGAAAAUAAAGCUUCGUUUUCAAAAUGGUUUCCCUCCAUACUAAAACGUACAGCAGACGUUUUCAAAUUUCUUCGGUUGGAAGAGCGUUUUCGAAGAGCACCGUUUUGGAGACGGAUUAGUGUGGACGGAAGGCCUAACCGGAGAGGUAAAGCUGCGUUUUCAAAAUUCUCCGUUGAAGUGUGGACGGGACCCGACUUGACGUUUUCUUAGAGAACUUCCUCUUACACUUCUGACGACUGAAAUAAACAAAAUGCUGUUUAA